ACCAUCAUCUUGCUUAGUAGUGUAUGAAGCGAAGUUGACUACUACUGCUACUCCAGUUAAUAGUAUUGCUUUGACCAGUACUCACCUUUAAAAUACUACCACGCCGACUAAUUUUGCUGCAACCCUCACUACAUCGUUUACUACGACCGCUACCAUUGUUAUUACUCCUACUACUCCCAAUUGCUACUGUCGUUGCUGCUGCUGCUGCUGUUACUCCACCUCAACGGCUGUACGAACAUAACCAUAUGGCCCAGCAGCAGCGAGCACAACAUCAUCAGCGUCGGAUGAGGUGAGGAGAAGGAAGAUCGGACUCCCAAAACUAACACACAGACACACCAUUUUCCUAGCGAUACAGAAAAAAAAAAGAGAAGGGAGAGAGAGGGACCUUGAAAGGAUCAACAAACGACCGACACCGCCCGGACACACUCCCCUUUUUGUAUAAUAAUCCUCCUUAAAAAAAAAAAAAAAGAAAAGAUAUAACGACUGACCGAACCAACCAUUUGAAAGUAAUCAAGACCUUGUCCAGACAGAAUAUCUUCAUCUUCAUCUCUCCUGUCUUCUAUCUAAACCUUUUAUUCUCAUUUUCCUUUCCUAUAAUAGACAUAGUUUAUUUUUUUAAACAUCGAUUGUUUUUUAUUAAUUAAUUAAUUAAUUGCAUAAACAUGGUCGCUUUAGAAUUUAACACCCUCACCAUGUUGCUGCCAAUGUUGGCGAUAAUAGUUUGUGCUUUGGUCUUUGCCUGUGGUUUCCGAAACCCUGCGCAGCCUCCAAGCUUCGAUUCUGGUCGACACGAUUCCAAGAAAUCCACCCAAAAGAAACCCAAGAAAACGAAGCAGCCUCUACAAACAAACACUCAGACUAAACAAUCUAAGGCUAAAACAAAGCUCACUAAAGUACCCAGUGGUCAGUCGGCUGUUAAAGGGAACAAAGAUCAUAUUGUAAAGUCUACUUCAUCCAAGCAGCAGCAGAGCCCUACUAAAGGCCCAACGAAUAAGGCGAAACAGCAAGCCACUCUUGAUGCGAAGGCAGACCACAAAAAAUCCCAGGCAAAGAAAUCAUCCAGUUCAAACAAUAAGAAGGAACAUUUAACAAAGGCUGAAAAGAAGGCCAUGAUGAAUGAAGCUGAAGGUUGGACAACGCAACGUUCUCGCAAAGAGAAAAAGAAUAAAGGGAAAAAUGAAAUAGUGGUUGAAGAGAUUGUUGCACAGAAUGUAGAGAAAACUUCCAAAAAGAAGGAUUCACCAACCUCUAAACAAUCAUCGAAGAACAGUGCUCAGACAGCAGAUCAGAUCGCUAAAAAGGAAAAAAUAACUGCCUCAUCUGUACAGGGAACAACCAAGGAAAAAAGUCCUGGGGCUUCUAAAAAAGAGAAGGCUGCUGAACAGUCAAGUAAGAAGGACAAAGGCUUUGAACAGGAAGGCAAGAAAGAUAAGGGCUCUGAACAGACCAGCAAGCAAGAUAAGGGUUCUGAACAGGCUAGUAAAAAGGGCUCCCAGCAGUCUUCUAAAGAAAAAAGCCCUCAACCUACUAAAAAGGAAAAAGCUGCUGAGCAAUCUAGCAAGGAGAAAAGCCCUCAACCCACUAAGAAAGAAAAAAAUGCUGCACAAGCAAAUAAAAAAGAAAAGGAAUCAGAACAGUCUGGAAAGAAGGGGUCUGAGCAGGCUGGAAAGAAGGGGUCUGAACAGGCAGGCAAGAAGGGAUCUGAACAGACCGGCAAGAAGGGAUCGGAACAAACUGGCAAAAAGGGAUCAGAACAGACUGGUGAAAAGGGAUCUGAUCAGACUGUCAAGAAAGGGUCUGAACAGAGUGGCAAAAAAGGUUCUGAGCAAUCCAGCAAGAAGGGAUCAGAGCAAAGUGGCAAGAAGGAAAAAAGUCCUCAACCCUCAAAGAAACAAUCUGAGCAAUCUGAUAAAAAGCAAACUGGUUCUGAGCAACCUGGCAAGAAGGAGAACCUAGCCCCAUCUGCAGAAUCAACUUCCAAAAAGAAAUCAAAGAAGAAAAAUGAGGAAUCUAAAGCUGGUAACAAGGAAUCAGCCUCAGAAGCUAAAUUUGUUCAAUCUAAGAACAAUUCUAACUUUGAAGAAAUCCCUCCAGUUCAAGCGUCUAAAAAAUCUCCAGCCAGAAAUAAAACUCCCUUGGGAGAAAUAGUUGAACAAGAUUUUGUUCUUAUACCUUAUCCUGAAAAAGAAAAUGCCUGCAGUCCCCAAGAAACAAGUCCUGGCAAAAAAAAGCGAAACAAAAAACCUGCUCAACCUAACCAGCAACAGGGUGAGAAAGGCUCACCAAAACCUGAGAAGAUGGCUACAAAGCCAAACCAACAACAAGAGAAUAACAAAAAUACACAAUCUAAAAAAAAAAAUACUAAAAAUACUGCAGAUGCAGAGGAAAAAAUGAUGAUAAAAUUGGAAAACGAUGAAACAUCAAAUAAAGAUGUAAAAAGUCCAAAAAAGAAGAAAAAUAAGCAAAAUUCACCCGAAAAGGUGAUAGAAGACAAUAAUAAACUAGCUGAUAAAAGUAAAAAGGCGUUGGAUACUAAGCCCGUACAAGCCCAUACAAAGGAAUCUAUUCUUGCCUCUAAAACCGAGCUCAAUGCCAAUAACUGGACCGAAGCUAAACCAAAGAAUAAAAAGAAAGCUCGCCGCGAAAAUUGAAAGUAUUCAAUGAAAUUAACUCUUUAAAUCAAUUUUUCUCUUAUUUUAUUUUAUUUUUAAGAAUGCACCCACAUUGAUCCAUUAUAUAUAUAUAUAUAUACAUAUUAUAUGCAUGUAUGGGUUUUCUGUGAGGUGAAAAAAAAUCGUGAUCUGUGGUGGAAAUUAAGAGUAAUUGUAAAUUGUGUCCAAAGUGAAGAAAAAAUAGCAGAAAGAAAAUGUGAAGAAAAAAUUGAUACGAAAAAAAACUACCAACUGACGGUGGUUUUAAUGUUGGUGGAGGUUCCAACAGAAGCAAUUUGGGUAAAGUCCAAUUAUCCGCUUCUAGGGGGAAAAAACCUCCCGUUUAUCAUUUCCUACUUCUUUAGUAGGUUCGACAGACAGAAAUCAGCCCCAGAGCUGUGACAGGAAGAAAAUGGAUGAGUUAUCACCCUUCAUAUGGUUGCCGUUUGUUGCAACCUUAGAAAUUUAUCAAAAUUUGAAUACCCUAAGAUGAUCUCUCUAGAAGAAUGUGAAACGAGAUUACAACAACUUGAUAUUUUUUGCAAAAUAUUUGCUUAUAUAUAUAUAUGUAAGUGUGUGUCUGUGUUGCAUACAUUUACAUACAAACAUUUCACUUUCAAUUAUUUUCUCCUGUUAGCAUUUUCCAAUCAGUACAUAUCAAUCAAAUCAUUAAGAUCUUACUAAAGGAUGAAAACUGAAAUUUUCUUGCUUGAACUUUGUUUUCAACAUACAAUGAAAGGAAAGAAAGAGUAAAGGAGAAAAUUCUGCUAAGCAGUCUGUUAGCUCCAAAAUAUUGACUAACUAUAAAUGCUUUUUUUUUUUUUUUCUGAGAGAGAGACUGACAUAUGUUUGAACUUAUAAUAUGGAAGUUUCUAAGCCAUAGAAACCAAGGGACACAUUCCCAGGCUGCACAAUCACUCAUGCAAAGAUACAUUAAUUUUGUAUGAUAAAUGUAAAUCUAUGUUAAGAGACGCAUUUGCGUGUCUGUUUGUCUGUGCAUGUUUAACACUUAUAUGUAUAUAUAUGUAUAAGUUUAAUUUUAUUUUUUUAAUAUUUUUCCCCCCUCCUUCAAAAGUUUUGUAAGUUACAAUUGGUGGGUUGAAAAUAUUCGCUUAUUUUUAUUAUUAUCAUCAUUAUUAACUAUAAUUUCCUAUUGAACUUGAAAUUCCAUUAUGAAGGAAUUUUGAAGAAGAAAAAAAAUAAGGCAAAUGAAAUUUAAUAUAUUACAGUAUGAUUAUAAGCUGAAUGAUUUGUCUCACAAAAUUUAUUACUGCCAACUUCCAAACUGACUUUAUUUUUUAUUUUUAUUGUUUCCUAUUUUUAAAUUCAUCUCCGAUCAUAGUAGUGAAAGUUGUCAAAUCAUAUUCCUUCCAAGCCAGAGCACAUUGACGUGCCUAAAAUAAAUAAAUGAAUAACUGCUAUUGCUGCAUACACUCUUCCAUUCUACACCCCCAAAAAGGAGAGCAGCCGAAGUGCUGUUAAUGUCUAGAUGGAAAUGAAAUCUGUGAUCAGUUUUUAACUCUCCAUUUAUACCUUUACACAUAUUACUUUGUCUUCUUUCCUUGUCAAACACCCCCCUUCUUCCUUCCCACACCCCUACAACCACCUGUUGAAAAUGGAAGCAGCAGAACACACCCACCCCAUUUUCUGCCGUCUUCAGAUUUAUAUUAAUAAUAAAGGCAGAGAGUCUGAUAUCAAACUAACAAUUUGUUAACAAUUUAACAAAAAAAAUAUAUAUCUAGAAUCGUUGACCAAAAUGUUGAAAUUAUUAUUGUUAUUAUUAUUUUUUUUUCUUUGUCUUCUCUUGUUUUCCAUUGUAAAAGAUCAGUUUGUUUCAUAAUUCUUCCCUGGGUAAUUAAACAAUUUACCAAUUCCAGUUUGUUGAGGUACUUCCAAGAUUUUUAAAUAUUCUACUUCAAGAAAGUGCUUUCAUGAGGUACUCUAAAAAUUAAUAUACUUUCAAUCAGUUACUUGUUUAUGUGUACUCAUUUUCAGUCACCAAUUCCAUAUCAAUUUCUAAAUAUACAUACAUACAUGAAGAAAAAUGUCAUUCAGGGUAACUUGUAUCACCAUAAAACACAAGCUGCUCUCACCAGAAUAAAUUUCUUCCAUACCACCAGUGAACUAUCUUAAUAAGAUGGAUUCAGGACUCUACAUUCAGAUUAGCCAAGACGAAUCUAUCUUCUAAACACUAUAGAUCAAAAUCUUCUCCUCUAUGUGACAAAAGUUUUCUCUAAGUAAUUUGUUGUAGAUGCUUUGUGUUGUUAUAUAUUCCAAUAUAUAUAUAUAUUGUAUUUUUAGCCUUCAGUUAGAAAAGCUUUUUUUUUUUUUAAUGUUAUCAAUAUAUUUUCUUGUGUUACUGAAAGCAACACUUGCCUCAAAACCUCUGUGAUUCUUUUUUAAAGUUUGGAUAAAACCCUAAAUUAGUUUGAAUGAAAAAAUUAGAUUUGGAUUUAAAAAAUAAAAGCAUCCUUAUUCACUUAUGGCAGCUGUUAACAAUGCAAUUUUCAUUUUCCCAAAAUGAAAAAUAAAAAAAAAUAGAGUCCAUAUUAAUUAUACAUAAAAGCUAAUAGUAUAUUUUCUUGUAUCUGGUGAGCUAAAUUUUUUCUUCCGAAAUUUCCUUUCUCGCUUUAUAUUUUCCUUGAUUUCUAUCUGUAUAUUUUCUAAGUUGAUUGAAGAAAAAAUAAUAAUAAAAAGAAAAGGCCAAUGGUAGCUGAACAGAAAUCUACAUCUGGCCUUAUUGGAAAAUCCUGAUUGAAGGAAUUAGUAUUUUUGACUUGUGUCACUGACAGAACACUAUUGUUGUUAAUCAUGAUAAAUGUGAGAAGAGUACAAAGUAUUAUUCUUUGAAGACUUUGAAAAGAUAAAAUGCUGUUACCAGGUCAAACUAUUGCAGUAUCCUGGAUAUAACAUCAGUGUUAUGUCUCUGAGUACAUCUCCACAGCCAAAGAUAUGUCGACUGGAAGCUUAAGCCAAAUUGACCAUGGUAAGAUGUAUCUAGUCAAAUAUCUAUUUUAAUUGCCUUUUUCUAUAUUUUUCACCUUAUUGGUGGUUGAGACUUUUGGUUAUAAUAAUAAAAGAAAAUCUUUCACCCAAAUAUUGAAA